AUGCGUGCAAUUGAACUUUCAAUACUGUCCAUUCAACGAGCGAUUGAAGUUCUCGAUCUUUCUUCUUUACCAUCGACGCAACCAUUAAUUAUUGCUGAUUUUGAUUUAUCACAUGGUUUUAAUUCAAUUUGGGCUAAACCAUCAUUACGAGAAACAUUAGAAAGGAAUAAUCAUCGUUUAAAAGAAGAAGUCGAAACAUUAUUAGAUCAAUUUUGGAAUUUAUACGAAUGA